AUGCCAGUCACGCAACAGCACAACGGCCUCGAGGUGGUGCCCUGCUGGAUCAAUGGGAAACCCAUCCCACUCGACCCCGGACGCCUGAUCGAAGUCCACUCGUCGGCCCAGGGCAAGCUCGUCCACUACGCCCAGGGCGCCUCCGUGGACGAUGCCACAGCCGCCGUUCAGGUCGCCGCAGAAACGUUCAAGACGUUCAAGCGGGUGCCGUACCAAGAACGCCGGGCGUUGCUGUGGAAGGUGGCAGACAUCCUCGACAGUCGCGUGGACGAGCUGGCCCGCUACCAGGUCGAGGAGACGUCCUGCCCCGAGGCCUGGGCCAGUUUCAACGUCACCCUCGCCGCCAGGGCCGUCCGCGAGAUGGCCGCGAAUAUCACCAUCGCUUGCACGGGGGAGAUACCGCCAUCUCAGAGUGCAGAAAACUUUUGUCUUGUCUACAAGCAACCGAUCGGCCCGGUUCUGAGCAUUGCCCCCUGGAACGGCAGCAUCAUACUGUCCGCGAGGGCCCUUGCGGCUCCCCUUGCCGCGGGGUGCACCGUCGUCUUCAAAGCAUCCGAAUUGAGCCCACGUGUCCACCACGGCGUGGUAGAAGCAUUUCUGGCCGCCGGUCUCCCAGACGGCUGUAUCAACCAAAUCCAGGCCCAGCGUGAAGACGCCAGCCGCAUUACCGAGACGAUCAUUGCCCAUCCGGCGAUACGCAAGGUCGAGUUUAUCGGGAGCGCAGGCGUAGGCCGAAUUAUUGGCCAGCUGGCGUCGAAAUACCUUAAACCGGUGUUGAUGGAACUCGGCGGCAAGGCCCCAGCCAUCGUGCUCAAGGACGCCGAUCUGAAAAGCGCGGCGGCGCUCUGCGCUCAAGGCGCCACGAUGCAUCACGGACAAAUCUGCAUGUCGACGGAGCGCAUUAUUGUUGUCCAAGACGUCGCAGACGAGUUCAUCGGCCACCUGCGCGAGGCCGUUGCACGCUUUGAAGGCAACGCCGGCUUUGCUGUCACAAAAGCAAUGGCGCAAAAGGCCCACAAAUUGCUGUCUGACGCCACAGAUCAGGGAGCGACGUAUCUGAUCGGGGACAACAGGUGGCACGGUGGCAGCGGCGCUGCGCUCGAGCCCACGAUCCUCACCAACGUCAAGCCGGGAAACCCCAUCUAUGAUCUCGAAACCUUUGGGCCAUCAGCAGCUGUCUUCAUUGCCGCGGACGAAGACGACGCCAUUAGAAUCGCCAACGACAGCUCCUAUGGCCUCACGGGAGCCAUCCACACGCGUGAUAUCUUGAGAGGUCUUCGAUUAGCUCAAGAGUUGGAGGUCGGAUGGUUGACCCUGAACAACAUGACACUGUAUGACGAGCCAUCGGUCCCUCUGGGCGGGACAAAGGGGAGUGGCUGGGGCAGAAACAACAGCAGAUUUGCAGUUGAAGAAUUUCUGAUCACAAAGACCGUGGCGGUUGCCGCAAAUGUCGGAAUCCCUGAUUUUGGGGCCAGAUAA